UUUAUGUACAUUGCAUUACAUCAAUUAGAUAUCGAAGAAUUUGGCAGUGUCAUGACGCGAAACCCUCGGAUAUUUGUGAAAUAUAUCUUUCUACGCCUAGAGCUCCUAGAAUAUGAUUACAAGGGGCGCGAAAAGAGAGAAUCUCUCGAGGACGUCAGGAUGAACAACCUGCUCUUUCCGAAUGCUGUUGGGGGCUUAUUUUUUAUCUUA